ACUCAUCACUCUCACAAUUCACAAAUUCACAAAUUCACAAAUUCACAAACUCACACCCACCACUUUCUCUCUCAUUCCAUAUAUAUUUACUCAAAAUCAUCUCAAAAUCCCCAUCUCCACCACUCCCCCUUUUCUUCCUCCUCUCCAUCAUGGGCUACGGCAGGCUCAACGAAACCGACCCCGGCGGCCCUUCCCACUCUUCCCCCGCCUCCCCUCCCUUCCAACUCUCCUCCCACCAUCCCACUCCCAAUCGGAGGACCACACGCCUUCUCCUUAUUUCCUUCCUCUCUCUCCUUCUCAUCGUCGCCGCCGCCGUCUCCGCUACCUUCCUCAUCGGACUACGAACCGCCUCCCCUGCUCGAUCCGACCCCAAUCUCCCUCGUAAACCCACUCAGGCAAUUUCCAAAGCUUGUAGCCGAACUCGCUUCCCCACUCUCUGUGUCAACUCGCUCCUCGAUUUCCCUGGCUCUCUCAACGCCAACGAACAAGAUCUCGUUCACAUUUCCUUCAAUGUCACUCUCCAACAUCUCAACAAAGCCCUCUAUUCAUCCUCUGAGAUUUCCUCUCUUCAAAUGGAUCUCCGCGUUCGUUCCGCUUACGAUGCUUGUCUCGAACUCCUCGACGACUCCAUCGACGCUGUUUCUCGCUCCUUGCAAUCCGUCGCACCGUCUUCCUCCUCCUCCACUCCGCAGCGCCUCGGCUCAUCUGAAGAUAUCAUUACUUGGCUUAGCGCUGCCCUUACUAAUCAAGACACAUGUACGGAUGGAUUCUCUGAACUCUCCGGUACUGUGAAAAACCAAAUGGCAGAUAAACUUCACAAUCUGUCUGAACUUGUUAGUAAUUGCUUGGCGCUGUUUUCCGGUAGUGAAACGAGCGAUUUCGCCGGAGUGCCGAUUCAGAACAAACGACGGUUGAUGGAGGAGGAGGGAGAGAAUGAGGAUAGUUCCGGUAAGUUCCCGAGAUGGAUGAACCGGAGAGAGAGAAGGUUACUGACGUUGCCGGUGGGAGUGUUACAGGCGGAUAUUGUGGUUUCUCAGAACGGUAACGGAACGGUGAAAACGAUCGCGGAAGCGAUCAAAAAGGCACCGCAGUACAGUAGUAGAAGGACGAUCAUUUACGUGAUGGCAGGAAGGUACGAAGAGAAAAACUUGAAGGUUGGGAGGAAGAAAACUAACCUCAUGUUUGUUGGAGAUGGGAAGGGUAAAACUGUCAUUUCGGGUUCUAAAAGUAUCUUUGAUAAUGUGACAACUUUUCACACGGCAUCGUUUGCGGCCACCGGCGCCGGAAUAAUCUUGAGGGACAUGACAUUUGAGAAUUGGGCUGGACCGGGACGGCAUCAAGCAGUUGCGCUUCGAGUCGGCGCCGACCAUGCAGUGGUCUACCGCUGCAACAUAAUCGGGUAUCAAGACACUCUCUACGUCCAUUCGAACCGUCAGUUCUACAGAGAAUGCGACAUUUACGGGACAGUGGAUUUCAUCUUCGGCAACGCGGCUGUGGUGUUUCAGAACUGCAGCAUUUACGCUCGUAAGGCAAUGGCACUUCAAAAGAACACAAUCACCGCCCAAAACAGGAAAGACCCGAAUCAAAACACCGGGAUUUCAAUCCACGCCUGCCGGAUCUUGGCCACCUCGGAUCUAGAAUCGUCCAACACCUCUAACCCGACGUAUCUGGGGCGUCCGUGGAAAUUAUACUCAAGAACGGUGGUUAUGUUAUCGUACAUAGGGAACCACGUGCACCCACGGGGUUGGUUGGAGUGGAACGCCACGUUUGCAUUGGACACGCUGUAUUACGGUGAGUAUAUGAAUUAUGGACCGGGUGGGGCGGUGGGGCAGAGGGUGACGUGGCCUGGGUAUCGAGUGAUAACGUCCACGGUGGAAGCGAGUAAGUUCACGGUGGCUCAGUUUAUUUACGGUUCGUCGUGGUUGCCGUCGACGGGAGUUGCAUUUCUGGGAGGGCUAAAUGUGUAAUUUGGGUAAUUGUAUUAUAUUUAAGGUUGGAAUAAAGAAAUCUAUGGAGGAAGAGAGAAAAAGAAAAAGGAAAGUUGAUAAAAUGGACGAUAAGGGGAAAAGGUGGGUAAAAAGUGUCGGCAUAAAACAACAUAUAAUUAAUUAAUUAUAAUUAUAUAUAUAUAUAUAUUAUUUUUUUCAUUUUUGGUCAAUGUAUGGAUAGUAAUUUAUGUUCCAUUCUUUUUUAUAUUUUCUCUUAAUUGUAUUGUAAGUGUAACUGAUUAUUAUCUGAUUUUUUAUAAUAUUAUUAAUAACGCAUUACAAUGACAA